AUGCUUCUUCAACUUGUACAUUGGCUCCAAAGAAUACUGGAUGCUUCGACCAUCAUUUACGGUGUCACAGGUUUUGUGGGUCUCCUGGGCCUGAUCGCAACGGCGAUCCUCCAGAUCGGAACCAUUUCUACAACUCGCAGGAAGCUGAGCCAUCUGCGGAAGAUGGGUGUAACCACCAGCAACAUGACGGACCAGUAUGAUCCCAAAUUUGACGCACCAGAGGGGACCGACGUCGAUGGACCGGUCCGCAUCAAAGCGAUCUAUAUUCAUCCCAUCAAGUCAUGUGGGGCGAUUGAGCUGAACAGGGGCCUGCUCACCAAGGCGGGAUUUAUGUACGAUAGAUGCUUCGCAUUUGCAACGGACACCCUGAAUACCGGCACCGUUGCGGGCUUGGGCUGGCAGCAGAUCACCCAGCGCACCAAGCCAGCCAUGUCUCAGAUGAAGACGGAGUUAUGGCUUCCACACAAGAAGAGCGACCCGCGUGAUCCGCUGGUUGAGUCGGGUGGAUGUAUUGUUCUGACAUUCGCAGAUCCAGAUCCGUCUAGCUGGAUGGACCGGCUCGAAACCCUUUUGCAUACGUGGGAUCUCUCCGCAAAACCACAUCUAUCCUUCAUUAUCCCUCUCCAACCGUCCCCGACGCAGAUAGACAAAUUCCAGAUCGGAUUGAAAACAUUCAGGAUCCAUUCCCGGGACGCAAGAGGCCUCGAUAUGGGCAUCAUCCCCUCUGUCGCUGUAGCCAUGCCUAAAGUGAAGAAGUUCCUGGGAAUUCCACCCCGCCAAAACCUAACUCUAUUGAGAUGCAUGCCAGAUACCCUUACCCGUACGAGCUUGAACCUCGCGCCCCUUGAACGCAUCGGUUCGCCAUCCGUCCACGGCUACACCGACCAACAACCCAUCAACAUCAACAGCUUGUCUUCGGUCCAUGCCGUCUCGGCUCUCCUUCCGCCAGAGAAUCAACCCCUUAACGGACUUCGCUUCCGCGCGAACAUUUGGAUCACCGGCGCCCCGGCAUACGAGGAAGAGACUUGGAUGCGCUACCGCAUUCUGCCGAAAGGCAACAACAACCCGCAACCACGAGCUGACGUAGCACCGACACUGUCUGUUGUGUGCCGCACGUCUCGAUGUACGAUGCCGAAUGUCAACGUGGACACGGGGAUAUUUGACACCGAUAUCCCGCCUCCACACAAGAAAAAGGGUAAACCCCAACCAAGCGCGACUUUAGUGGAAUUCCGGACGGUGGAAAUGGGAAACGGAGCGGCGCUCGGCUACUUAGGUAUGCAUUGCGUUCCUGAAGAUGCGAGCUUGAAGGAGGCCGAGGCGCAGAAAAUGGGAUUAUACGUGGAAGUUGGAGAUGAGAUUGAGGUCCUAGAACGAGGGGUGCAUUCAUACGGAUCAACGGCGAAUGAAUACUAG